CAAUCAGGACCGCCGCAGCCAACGCCCAGUCUCCCGGCAUCCAGCAGGUCGCCAAUCGCGCCGCAGAAAGCACGCGACGAGGACCAGAGGGUCUCGAUGCGCUGACCCCGGCUGCGGCGAGGAUGCGGACAUUUCGAGCCUUGCAGCCCGUGGUGGGUUGCCCGUCAGCAGCAGCAGCAGCAGCAGCAGCAGCAGCAGCACCGCACCGACUGCUUGCGUCCCGAGUACGAUGCCUACACGCCUCUCAGCAGCAGCGAUGCUUCUCCCGGAGCCCCAGGCGGCCCCAACAGUGGGAAUGGCCGGAGGACCACCCGAACCACCCGAAUAACCGCGAUCGCAAACCCUCGGACCGCACGGGCACAGGCAGCAGCAGCAGCGGCAGCGGUGGCGGCGGCCGGGACGAGAACAGAACGUACUGGUACUACUACGACAGCCUGGCCGGCAGCCGCGGCGGCAAAGGUCGCGUGCGGCUGGACCCGUAUGAGGAACUGCGGCGCGCGAAGCCGCUCACGACGACGAGCCGCAUCGGCCGCGUCGCGCGGGCGCCGAGCUCCAAGGCGAUCGCUGUGCUCGCGGUGGCGGGAGCCUUUGCGUUCUACUUUGCCAACAUGCAGACGGUGCCCGUGUCCGGGCGGCGGCGGUUCAACUGCUUCAGCCAGGAGUCGGUGGAGAAGGUCGCCGACGAGCAGGUCAAGCGCAUCAUAUACGACGUUGAGCGGCAGGGGGGCAGGUUCCUAGGCGACUGGGACUGGCGCGUGCAGAUGGUCAAGAGGGUGAUGAAGAGGCUGAUUCCAGUGUCUGGCAUGGAGGAUGCCAAUUGGGAGAUCAGAGUGAUUGAUGAUCCUGGCACUGCAAAUGCCUUUGUACUCCCUGGAGGCAAGGUGUUUGUGCACAGUGGCCUACUACCGAUCGCGAGGAACGAAGAUGGCCUGGCGGCGGUCCUGGGCCACGAGAUCGCACACAACCUCGCAGAACACGUUGCGGAGCGCAUGUCGGGCCAGAUUGGAACCAACAUCCUGCUGGGCUCGGUGAUCCUGCUGACCGGCGGAUUCGCCCUCAUCGGUGGCUACUGGCUGGGCAACUCGAUCCUGGACCUGCUGUUUGGCCGGCCUAUGGGACGCAGACAGGAGACAGAGGCGGACUACAUUGGCCUUAUGAUGAUGUCGGAGGCUUGCUACGAUCCACGGCAAGCUCUUGCGUUUUGGAAGCGGAUGGAAAGGCAGCAACAGCUCGAGCCGCCCGAGUGGCUCAGCACACACCCAUCGAACCACAAUCGGAUCCAAAAGAUUUCCGAGUGGAUGCCGCAAGCCCUGGAGAAGAUGGAGAAGAGCGACUGUCAAGGAACAUCGGCAUUCGCCGACCUGUUCAAGAGAGCGUUGGAACGGGGAGUGAUUAUACAAUAGAUGGUUGCACAAAAUGUCAGUCAGACUUCAGCCAAGCUCGUUGCCCUCCAGAGAAUCUGCUGCAUGUACAAAUACGACCAGCAAGCAUUUACACACCACACGUGUCGCGCUUGACGAGCACAUGAAGAAUCGAAUGCUCCCUUUGUCUAUGCGGAGCAAGCAAGCGACCCCAGGCACGCCGGCCGGGGCAGAGACGGCCUCGGCCGUGCCAUCCACGUUGCCCUAGCCAAUCCGGGCUCUGGGAUUCGAAAUGGGCGGUGGAGACUUAACACUGUCGGCGUGGGACCUGCCUGGGGGCGAGGCCUGCCAUGGGUUGUGCCGAGGUCCGCGCCUCGUUCUCCAGGCCGCUGGUUGCGGGUCCCUCCCGCCCAGCCUGGGGAAGGAGCGUCACUGGCCUUGCCCAGGCGCCUGC